CUUCACCUCUCCUUCUCCCAUCAUGGCCUCUCUCUUUGUCUCGAUCAUGAGCACUCCAUUUCAUCUAAUCUUCUUUCCAUAUCUCUCAAGAGGAUCCUGAUCAACUGGCUUGCUCAGUCCCAUAAUACUUAUUCACUUUCACCUUACUUCGGUCUCCUUCCUCAUUCACCUCGAGAAAGCUCUUGAACCAUCUAAUACCUCGACUUUUCGAUCUGUUCAGUCGAAAUUCUCAGUCACACACACAACCCAUAAACCUCGUCCCUCAAAUCUUGUCCUCAGCCACACCUAAGACAGAGAUGCCCUCACUACGCGCCCUGGGCCUCGGCCUCGUCCUCCUCCUCCAAGUCGCUACUGGAAAACCUCUCUCAAACCGAGCAGUGGCAGCCGCAGAUUGCAAACCUACAGGCGUUACCAAGCCGACAGCACCUGAUCCCACUCUCCCUCUCACCGGAGGUGCCACAGAACUUCCCUCCACGAACCUCACCCUUCAAUUUGUUGCAAUCGGCCGCGGUAUCCAAAACUACACCUGCUCUGGCGCCGGUGCGGUCCCGGUCCAACAAGGCGCAAUUGCCACUCUCUACGACGCGACAACCCUGGCCAGGACAAACACAGCUCUGCUACACACCAUUCCCGCCAUCGUCGUUUACAAGCCGAAGCCCUCCGGAUAUAUGGCAGUGCUGGGCCAGCACUUCAAUAUCCUCGGCAACCAUUACUUCGAUUCCGCCAGCACGCCAACCUUCAACUUAACUACAGUGACACCAUUGCAGACAGCUUUCGUGGCAAAGACGCUCGGUGUAAGUGCUCCUGCGGGAUCUAGUGUCGGACCCGAUGGGACUGGCGCGGUGGCCUGGUUGGAUUUGAACCACAAGACUGGCUAUCCCUCCAUGGGCCCUAGCCAGGUGUACCGUGUUGUGACGGCGGGGGGAAUGAACUAUCCAAACUGCACAAGUAAUAGUCUGCAGACUAUUCAGUACGCAGCAGAAUACUGGUUCUAUAGCUGAGUGGGUUGUGUUUUUCGUUGCUGAGGUGAAGGGGUAGAAGGGGUGGAUGAUAAUAUCAUGAUGCAUGGUCACAACAAAAGGUUUCAUAGGGGAGAGCUGCAUUGGAGACUGGCUUUUUUGUACAUAAUCUUUUCCUUCUACAGAUGGCAGCCAGAAUUGCAUUGCAAUACCAAAUCAAAAAUAAACAUUUCAAAGACUCUC